AUGCGUCCAACCGCAGCUCAAUUAUGUGAUUUAUUAAGAAGUUGGUCUGAUCCUAAUAAAUCUGAAUCAUUUGACCAAGUUGUAAUCACUGAAUCUCGUCAACAGAUCCAUCCUCGCGCUUAUUAUACAAGCAGAACCUUACAUUUUUCCGAGGAGGAGGGAAAACCCCCUGUUUGA